CCGGGGCGGCGCUCGCGCUAGGGGCCUGGCGGCUCCCGCAGCCCGGCUCGCCUGCCCUCGGAGCCCAGCGCCGCCGCCAUGUCUUCCGGGGCCAGCGUGAACGCCCUGCAGCGCCUGGUGGAGCAGCUCAAGCUGGAGGCUGGUGUGGAGAGAAUCAAGGUCUCGCAGGCAGCUGCAGAGCUUCAACAGUACUGCAUGCAGAAUGCCUGCAAGGACGCCCUGCUGGUAGGUGUUCCAGCUGGAAGCAACCCCUUCCGGGAGCCCAGAUCCUGUGCUUUAUUCUAAAGGCUGUAGGGAAGAAGUUCACUGAGGAAUGCUUUUAAGCGCAAAGUGAUGAAUAACUGCCUCCAAGUCUCAAGAAAACACUUUUCUCCAGCCAAAUGACUUUUAGAUAUUUCAUACCUUUCCUAUGGCCUGGUCCUAUAGCCAAAAUUCUAUAGAAAUUGAUGAGUUUCUACUCAGAUAAGGAAACUGGGUGAAAGAGUAGACUUUAAAUAAUAAUGGCCUGAUUCUUUUGGUAAAGUUCUUUUAUAUUUAAGACAGAUAAAAAUGUUACCACCAAAUACGCCUCUUUAAUAAGAGAAUUACUGGUGUUUCUAUACCUGGAAAUUAUGUUUGUUUUAUUUACUGGAUGUUUACAUUUUGGGAAGGAAAACAUUUUUGUUUGUUAAAAAAUUGAAUAUUUGUAAUUUGUUGUUCCUAAGAUUUUUUUAUACCACAAAACUUGUUCUUUUCUUGUGAAUUUACAGUUUCUAAAUAAAGACAAGCAAGUAUAAAACUGGGGGAAGAAUAGGUUUUAUCAAUCAAAUGAUGUCUUGAUUUUCCUAAAUGAGAAGAUUGUUUUAUUUGUAACACUAAACAUGGGAGCUAUUUCUUAGCAAACUUGUUUGGAAAGAUUCAUGUUGUGUUGUGUAUGAGAUUGCCCCAUCCUGUGUAUGAACCAGAUUUGGUCUUUGUCUUCUUAAGUUCCUCUAUUUGAUAGUUGUGGUUGUAUUUAAAAAAACAAAACAAAACUACAUUAGGUCUUUAAAAAAAAUGUUUAAAUGUGAUCUUCAGAACAUUGCAAAUGAUUAAAAACAAAAUAAUGUGAAAAUAUUACAGCCUAAAUGAAUUCUUACUGUCACAAGUAGGUUUUACUUUGAUGAUGUGCCUUUGAUUUAAUUUGGGACACUUUUAAAAGGAUACUUGAUUUGUGUUUGUAAUUAUCUUUGAUGAGCUUGGAAAUAAAAUUUUUUGCUUAA